AUGGGCUUUACCAGUCGACGUCCACUUCUGCCUGCACCCACUGACUCCUUACUUGAGUCGGCCGAGGAAACUGGACUGGGAACCGAUCUUGGAACCGACCUUUCGCGGAGGACCGAUAAAACCUGGGAAGAAAUCCCUGGCGACGGAACCCCCAUCACCAUCUCACCCGCCCCAAAGCACAAUCAUCUCGGCAAGCUGCCAAAGUCUGGCCAGCAAUCCCAAACCUCACUUCUCAUAGAGCUGUUUGAGAACAACACGACCUCGGAAUCCGGCCAGAGGCGACCUAGUCUGCGAGUCCGCUAUACUCCUUCAAAAUCGAGAAAGAAAGGAGAGAAAGGGGAAAGUCACAUCCUGGUCACCGAAUCGAAAUCUACUAGGAAACCCUCCAAAACACAUCGCAUCGCUCUAGGUGGUAACGAGACGCUCGCCCAUAAUAUCAUCGAAGGGAGCAUCAGUUCAUUGGACUCUGCUGGCAAUCUCCAUCCUAAAGCCCCUGUCGAGAUUGACGUUCACCAGGACGACGUAUCUGAAUACUCCUCGCUGAGUGCUUCCCCCGAACUCAAAUACAUCAUUCCCGAGUCCGACAUUUCGUCUAUGCCGCCAGAGAGCUCUUUGGGUAUUGCAAAUCCCGUCACUAUGUCACAAUCAGAACAGAGCGGAAGCUUGGCAAGAGGCUCGAGUUACGACGGGGCCGCAUUGAAGCCUCCAGUCAUCGUCACAGGCCGGAAUGCGAGUAACGAAAGAAUUACUCAGAAGGUCAUCGAAAAAUUGAGCAACAAGCCAAGAGUUUCCGCCAGUGGAAAACGUCGUCGCAGCAGCCAGACUCCUAGCCACAGCAGUGUCAGCAGAGAAGCCGAAGUCGACGAUCCAGCUGAAUCCCGAGCCUAUGUUGCGAAGAAAAUUGACGAUGACUCAAAUCCCAGCGCCACAGGUUCCAGUCUGUUAAGCGGCUCGCAUCUAUCGGCGGAGCCGAGACCAACGGACCAGCGCUCAGUACGGUCGGGAACGUCUAACGUGUCCAUCACCAAUAAUCCGAAAUUAUUGCAGACUGUUGAGGAUGCUAUCAGACGUCUCAUUUUGCCAGAACUGACAGAAUUAAGAAGAGACCAAAGACACCACCGUUCUCGACACGAAAAGUUGAGCGAACCUUCAGAUGUUUCUAGCAGCACCGUUUCACGAGAAGAAAGAACCCAUCGCAAAUCAUCCGGCAGCAAAUCAAAACGGAGGGUUAGCCAUGAGUCCGAUGGAGCCAAGCCGUCGAGCUCUUCCCGGCGACACAGAUCUCACAGAUAUGAUGACUACGAUUCACCACCAUCUGAGCAGAGUUAUGGUCAGUCUGAAUCUGUCGAGAGCAGCAGUGUUCGCGACGAAAAGAAAUCUCGCAAAUCUUCCAAAAGCCAUCGUGCUCGAGAUGUCGCAGCUGGUGCCAUAGGUGGUGCCGCUCUGACAGCUGCUGCACUCAAAUCACAUGACUCAGGAUCCAGCCUUGAAUUGUCCGAGAAGAGAAGAAGGCGGCGGAGUAAAAGUCGGUCUAGUCGAAGUGCGAGCGUCACAGAGAAAGAGGAUGCAUUCUCCAAACACAAAGUCCCUCCCAUGCCUUUUGUAAGCGAAAUCGGCACAGAUCUAACCCGCAGCUCACUCCAAUCUUCUGUCGAUGGAGGUGCGACAACGCCUACUCGAAGAGAAGUUCGCGAGGUCAUUCGAGGGUCGCCUCUCGAUCAGUCAUCCUCUGGUACACGCACCCCAACCAAAAGCAACCUUGAUCUAAGACGUGGGCUCGGAACUCAUCACGGCAACUUCUCCGAGCAUGAUCUUUCCGGGCACGAUAGCUCAACCAGAAAAGAAAUGCCCGAUGAAGGGAGUGAACUAUCGCAUGAUGUCGAUGACCCCGACUUUGCUUCACAUGGCUUUGCAGCAUUGACGGAUCCAGAACGUGCACGUGCGUAUGAAAGAAAUCUCCAUCAACAACAUCCCAUUCGACGCGGUCUUAGUCCUAUCCAAAGUGUCGCAAGCUAUGCUACUACCACUGAGCCGAAUCGGAACUCUUUUAUGCAGGCACGCAGCUCAGAGUCCCUAGACUCGCUCAAAAGGCAGGAGCAGACUAAUGAUCAGGAUUCAAUCUCAACUUUAUCAUCUCCUCCAAGUACAGAUCUAGCUCGUUCAAUGCGCCCUCAUGGCAUCAGUCUAGAAAACCGCAGCGAGAUCAUGGGCCAGCAUCAUGGAUCACUCGAAAGCACCCCUCGUCAGGUUGACCCGGAGGCAGUGUUUGACGAACAGCACCUCGAAAAUGAAAGCUACCGCAAGUCUCCUUAUGUUGACAAGGUCACUGCCGGCCGUCAUGUCGCAAGACCACUCGGUGCGACUGCAGAAAUCAUGGACCUGUCGACGGGUGUCGAAUCUGCUGUUGCAUCGCUUAUCAGUUAUAGUGGUUCCCCUCGUCAUAGCCAGGCGAGCUCACUGGAUCGACAUGAGAAUAAUACAUCGGAUAGUCCUUAUUACGACCGCGAUUCAAGCUAUGUCAGCAGUCCACUCAAACAUCAAUCGUCAAGUCCCAGCAAUGACAAGCAAAUAUUGCAGCCAGCGGCAGUUGUCAUGUCUCCAGCACAGAGCCCAGCUCACUCUCUUCCACGAUCGCUUGCUCGAUCCGUCCAACAUUCUGAGGGUCGAUCCGCGAAGUCUCUACAUUCUCCUCACCUCCCCUCGCCCGAGGUUACAGCCCAGGCAGAACGUUCUCCUGAAUCGGACAUUACUACAAAUCCAUCUGUCAUCCAAGGCCCGAUCGGCGGACUCAGUCAAGGUAAUACAGAUCACUGGCCCUAUGACCCUACACCUCCUCGUUCACGUGCAGAUCUGGCACUGCCGCCUGUCAGCCGUGGUAUUGGAUCCGCAGGCGCCGAUUUGAUUCCAGAGGCUUUGUCUAUCAGUCACAACCAUGAUUUAGAUCCUAAGCGGGACCUAUACAUGAAAACACAACCACUGACAUCCUCUCCUGGCGCUAAAGAUGAGGGUUAUGAGACAGGGGCUAAUGCUCGAUCUCCGGGGUUGUACUCACAAUCUCGAGGACUUCGCGACGACAGCUUCACGCCCGACAUGCAUAUGCAAGACGCUGAGUUGGGCGACGAUCCAUUCACAAUCACCAAACGGGACCAAUAUGCUGAUGGACUCUCUCAUGGCAUGUCUCCCAUCUUUGAUGGCUUAAUAGAACCAGGUCGAGAACAGAUUCAAUCACGGGAUAUUGUCAACCUCAUGGAUCAUCUCACGGUCCGAGAUGCGCAAAGAAAUGCACGCGAUACCGAGAUCUUAGUGACCCUUGUCCGAAGCGCAGCUGAGAUGCGAAACUCUUUUGAGGACAUGAAGAAAUUUAUUGCGGAACAAGACGAGCAUAUGCUCGAUAAUGCUGAACGUCAGCACGAGAAAACGCAAAAGCUGGUUGGUGGACCCCGUCCACAGCCAAUGAGUGCAACUCGUACAGCUCGCUCAGCUACAUCAGAGGAUGACUUGCCGAACAAACGCGGGAAUGUCUUUCGAAGGGCUCUUCGCGGCCUCAGUACCAAAAACACCCACGAAUUGCAGAACAUUGAAGCAAUGCUCAUGCGACUUCUUGAUGAAGUAGAGGGGCUCCGCACUACUCAGAAUCCUGGGAUACGUCGCAAUCAAGUCAGAAAUACUAGUCUCACAUCCGCUGAUAACGCCAGAGCACCCACUGACACGGGUUACGAGCCUGAAGGCCAGGCAGGCACUUCCUCAACUGGAGAUCGCUCUGGCUUCUUCUCCAACAACUCAUCACGGCAAGCAGAUUAUCGCACCUAUAAUCAGCAACGGGAUUCCGGCAACCGUGUCAGUACUGUAAUGGAGGACAAUGAAGAGUACGAUGACUACGAUGCUCAGCGAGGAUCUGCCAAUGCUGGGAAUGCUCAAGCUAGCCAUACGCCACUUGAUACGCCUCCAAGACACGAUGGGCGGCAAGUGAGAGCUGGUUCUGUACCACUCCAUACUCCACCGAGGACCACUCCCCAGAAUUUUGGUUCACAGAGCAAUGAAAACACUCCCCACCAUUCUACAGGAGAUGGCUCGGGUCGGAAACACAAGUCCUUCGCAUCGACUUUCAUCCCAAAGAUGGUCUCGAGGUGGUCGAAGACUACGGCAUCAUCGGCAGACAACUUCCGCUCAAGUGCACAGAGACAACGGCCACAUUCGGAAAUCUCUCGCUCAGGUUCGAAUCUAGGGGAAUAUGAGUUUGAGCAUGAUCCUCAAGGCGAUGACCGGAUACGAUCAAACACAUCUUUCCAGAGAGAGCACUAUCCAAAUGAUGACGAUGACGAUGACGAUGACCGACCUCCAUCUCCAUUGAUUCCGAGUCAACUUUCUGACAAUCCGAAAUAUCAGGCUCACCGAAACAGUGUCAAUCUCCAGCACCCACAACCUAGACAAGGUCCGACUAGUCGGUUCCAAUCUCGUUUAGAGUCCGAGGCGCAAUAUUAUAACGAUCAGCUAUCCCCAACAUCUCAGACUUCUUCUCAGUGGGAUCAUGGCUCUUCCUUACAAAAUGCAAUGCCACCACACGCCUCAUAUGGAGACCAUCUGUCUCCAAUACCUGAUAACCCAUAUUCCACAGAGCACAGUGUUCACAACGACAAUCGGAGCGUUCGAUCCGGAACCUCUUCCCAAGGUCCUCCACGCCCACCGAAAAUCUCGAAUGACGAGCCUUUAGUACCACAACGCCCUCCCAAAGUGCCUAUGAGCCCUUCUCAAUCCAAUCGGCAGCCUACGUAUGUUGAUCAUGUUGCGGCCGCAAGAGCCGGUAGUCCUGCAUUUGACAAGUCUCCAGUUGCUGCGCUACGAUCUCCCCAGAGCUCGGGAAGAAAACCAUCAGGACCAAGGCCCUUAGCCGGAGCCGGAGGGUCGAAAGGAGACCUGAGCACCGUCAAGAGGACGCGUUUCAGGGGAAGCCCUAACCAAGUCGAUAGCGAGGACGAGGCCACUCGUGCAUACUGA